AUGACAGGAAGUGUUGGCGUUCCUGGUUUUCCGGGUUUAGAAGGAGUCCCGGGUCACCCGGGUCCGGCUGGCAGUCCUGGUUUUCCAGGUCUGGAUGGAUGUAACGGAACCAGAGGAGACAGAGGAGCGCCUGGAGUUCCUGGAAGACCGGGACCUGAUGGAGAGCCGGGUUUCCCCGGACUGAAGGGAUUUCCAGGAGAUCCUGUGGUCUCCUUUGUCUCGUACCCUGGAUUACCUGUGAGUAUACUUGUACCGUGA